GCGGAUCUUGAAAUCUCAUUACCCGUCUACUACAAAAAUAAUAUAUAGUUGAGAGCUCUUUCGGCAAAUCAUAAUCAUCAUUACCUCACUAACUCUCCAAUAACUCUUACACGCAACACACAAUGGCAGAAUCAGCCAUUACGACCCCGACGAGUCCAGCUCUCGAGGCACUUCAGAAUCGUUCACGCGAUAUAAGGCGAGCUAGACCACCAGAUAUUACGGUUAUCAGAAAUGAGGCUAGGGUACCAUUACGACCCCCCAAGAGGGAAUCCAGGAUCGGCUUGAGAAACAUAUUUAGCAAAUCGAAAACAGUAAAAGAUGAAAAAAUAGUGGAGGAAGCACCCUCGCCACAAGAAUCGUCACGGUACGGUUCUAAGCGUUCGUCGUUGGUGGAUAUUGGCAACUGGCCUCAGAGACUUCACCCUACUCGUUCGGAUCUCUCUCUUCUUAGCUCACCUCCGUCUUCGAUAAAGUCACCGGCAUCUGUGACUUCUACGGCGUCUUCACGGCUACGACAAAAUAGCAUUACUGCUAACCAGGGCAAGCUCCGUCAACAGGGGUCUCCAAAGGUGAGAGACUCGGUUACCGGUUUUAUCCCGCCGCCGUUAUUCCAGAUGUAUCCUCAAGCAAUCAAGUACGCAACACUACCAACCUGUGUCACCCCGAUAGAGGCCCUAUCCCGCAUCAACGAGCUUAAGGAUAACUCACAACAGCACGACUUCUCUUUAAAUCAGGGUGAGGCAGAAAAGAGGAAGAAGUCCAAGAAUGCACCGGAAUGGACAAGCAAAGUUUAUGCACUCGUUACCUCCGGAUACUUACUCCAAUAUGCGGGAGAAGGUCGCUUUGAUAGGUUACCUGAGAGGAUUCUGCAUCUCACUAGGGACUCUGCUGCUUAUGCCAGCGACCUCAUUCCUGGAAAGCACUGGGUAGUACAGGUGGCGUCAUCGAUGGAUGCCGAUGGGAACCCGGCUAUGGAUGCCAAAUCUCUUCGAUCGAAGCUCGCUCUAAGAGGGGUUGAGAAGCGACAAGUCACUAACAUGCUACUGGUCUUUGAAAGCCCCGAGGGUAUGGAUCUCUGGCUUGCUAUCUUAAGACGAGAGAUUGAGUCGCUAGGCGGUAAAAAGAAGCUUUCGGAAACUGGCAAGCCUGAAAUGGAAAACGGCACGAUGCUAAGGAACCAAGGAAGCCAGAGGACAUUAGUUGUACGGGAUCCAGCGCGCUUCUCACGCAUCAUCUCCCAGGACUUUUCGUGGAAGCAAGAAAAUGCACUCGCCGAUCCUAUCGAGCAAACCGAAACCGCAGAACCCCGAUUAGAGCGAAGGUCAGAAUCGACGGUGGAUGACGGUUCGAGCAUGGUUUCAUCGGAUGGCCAACGACUGGAUAGUCUUCGAGACAGCGGUAGUGGAAGUGGAAGCAGCGGUAGUAGCGGGAACCGACUGUCGUUCAUCUCAUCUGGACAACGGACCUUAGUGUCAUCAGCGGAAUCAUCGCCGGCCAAUUCCCCGAUUCGAGCGAGCUUCUCAAGCAAUGGAGAAGAUCAGCUGUUUCAAUUGAGUCAGAAACCUUUACCACCUACUCCCGAGGUUAGGCCGCGUCCCAAUGCCGCCGCCAUCGCGAACCGGAGACAGUCCAUGCAAACGAUGAUCCCUAGUUUCGAUCCUCGCUUAGAUGUCCGGGGCCGAUCAAUCCCAACUUUGCCGUCCUCGCUAACAUCGGUACGCGAGAAUAAGCACCAAUUUGUGCCUAACUUUAGUGUGCCACACACAGUCGGGCGGCGGUAUUCGGCUAUGAAUUUGUCCGCCGCAGCCUCUCGUGAAAACCAGCCGCAGACGUCCGACCGAGAAGGGCCGAUAAGACCAGUCCGACGAAGUCCGCCAACGAAACUCGCGAUAUCCCGCCCUCUCUCUAUUGUUAUGGAUCAGCCAUCCCCAAGAUCGCCAUACUCACCUACCGCUCCACCCAACCAGGCUCGUUCUUCCGUACAGACACCUGACACAGCGUCCAUUUUCACACCCCGGGCCAACCUUACACCAAAACAAAGUCCGCAUGAGAGGAGCGAAACUCCUGAGAGUCAAAUCCUUAAACAAAUGACGGAAGAAGCGAAUCUCACCAGCACCAGCGUAAUUGCGCCGUUUCACGAGAAGCGCGCCAUGCGUGCUAGUCAGCAGUAUCAACAACCAAGGCUCCCCUACUUUGACAUGGAUAAGUCGUUCAUUGCUCGACCAGCCCGAGCUCAAACUCUUAACACUUUAGCGCCUCCCGACGAAAUCCGCAGAGCAUCUUCAUCUCUGGAGAUGCGGAGGUCGUCAAUGAACUCCAACUUCGGACAUCAGUCUUACAAGCACGCGCUUCUACUAACUGAGAGCCCACCUCAGCAGGGUUCUCACCAAAAUCGGCAUUCAUUCAUUCACCCCAACCAAUCUCAUUUACCCUCCAUCGAGGAGCCCGCUUACGCCCUAGCGCCGCCGUUGAUAUGUACACCAAAACGCUCGGCACCUUCCCUUAAGGCUUUGCAACAGGAGUCAUUGUCGAAUGAUUACUUAGGGAUCGAUUCUGGAGAAAGGGCUCUUUUGACCAGAAGGAGUCUGCCACAUCUGGCCGAUGGACCUCCUCCGGCCCCUCCACCAACGUGCGCUCUUCCUCCGCUCCCUGCCAAGCGUUCGUCCAACCUGUCUAGGGCUAUCAAGGCGUGAUAUUUUCUAGCUUGCGAUACAUUCACGCGCACUGUCAUUUAGGACAUAUUUUUUCUUCUUGUUCGAUUUAUCAUUUUGGUUUUAUAUUCUUUGCUUCUUGUAUAUCAUUGUAU